AUGACUGGCCAGUACUCCUCCAUCCUCGACUGCGGUCGCAAAAUCUACCGUGAAAUUGGCUUUGUCGGCUUCUACCGAGGCUACUUCGUCAACGUAGCGGGCAUCCUUCCCUAUGCGGGCAUUGAGCUGGCUACUUACGAGCUCCCCUUCGUUACUGAUCUUCCCUCUCUUCUGGUGGUGUUCUUAUCACCUGAUUUGUCAACAGCACUGAGAGCUUUGCUCCAUCCUCUUCACGUUCUGCGCGGCUACCACUGUUGCAAGCGCGCGGUCCCGCUGUAA